CCCAACUGCACACUACGCAGCCAACCCAACAGCACGUCUGCCUUCGAGGUCGUGGACAGGGGACAUGGACCGGCAAGUGAACUCGGGCGCCCAACAUUUAUAUUACUAGUAAUGACACCGAACCCAAGCGUUUCGCGAAUAUUGCUUGUUGCUGUCAACGCUGUGUACCUAGCCUUUUUGGUAACACAUUCCAGUCAUCACCAUGGCGAGUCUAGCUUCCUGGCAGAAACUGGAGAGCAUCACUCCCAGCGAAUGGCUGCUUGUGCUGGUGUUGACCGGCUCUCUGCUUUUCACGGCAAAUGCCAUCUACAACCUGUACUUCCAUCCACUGGCUCAUAUUCCGGGCCCGUUCUGGGCUCGCGCGAGCGGCAUCCCGUCUUGGUGGCACGCAAGAAGUGGCAAGCGUCACGUCUGGCUGUGGCGGCAGUUCCAGAUAUACGGCAACAAGAUCCGCGUGACGCCCAACACGGUGCUGUUCUGCGACACACAAGCCUAUGCCGAUAUCUACAGCAAUAAGUCCAAUGUCCGGCGAAGCCCAUUCUAUUCGGCCUGGAAAAGGGAUUCUCGUGAGAAUCACACGCUCAACACCAUCGACGUGGCCGAGCACGCUCAGAAACGCAAGCGUCUCAACAUGGCCUUCACCGAAAAAACAACACGGGCCGCUGCAAGCUUCAUCACGGACCAUGUCGAUCGAUGGAAUGAACUGUUGGUGCCAGAGGAGCGAGGCAAGACCGGCGACUGGACUACUCCUGUGGACUUGUCGGAAAAGCUUGACGCUCUAGUGUUUGAUAUCAUGGGCGACCUGUGCUUUGGCAGGUCCUUCGACGUCAAGGAGCCCGGGUACAACCCGCUAAAGGCGGUCCCUCACAGUAUCGUCGAGUACAUGAAGUUCUAUUACCCGAUCUGCCGGUCGCCCGUCCUCAGCCUACUCCUCUGGCUCAAGCCGCGCGGCCUGAACCGCAUCUUCGCCUUCCUAUCCCCGCCAGCCGCCAGGCUCUACCUCAAAUUCGUCGACGAUAGCACCGCGUCGCGCAUUACCCUAAUGGAGAAGCAGGCCUCCAUGCAAGAAGAAGACCGCCGGAAGGACCUCUUCUACUUCCUGGCCUCGGCGCGGGACCCGGACACGGGCGCGUCCGUGUACCAGGAAUUCGAGCUACGCGCCGAAGCCAGCCUGCUGAUCGUGGCCGGCUCCGACACGACGUCCAUCUCGCUCUCGGGCAUCUUCUUCUACCUGACCACCAACCCGCAGUGCCUGGCCAAGCUUACCGCCGAGGUCCGCUCCGCCUUCUCCUCGGCUGAGGAUAUAGUCUAUGGCCCCCGGCUCCUGGGCUGCGAGUACCUCAAGGCGUGCGUCGACGAGGGCAUGCGGCUGGUGCCCGCGGGCCCGUGCGAGCUUCCCCGCGAGGUCCUGGAGGGGGGGUUGCUGGUCAAAGGCGAGUACUACCCUCCCGGGACGGUCGUGGGGACGGUGCCGUGGGCCCUGUCGCGGAGCCGUGCCGUGUGGGGGGACGACGCAGAGACCUUUCGGCCGGAGCGGUGGAUUGUUGCCAACGAGGAGAAGGAGGCGGAGCAGCAGCAUGGCUCCACCAAAGAGUCGGUCAAGCGCGCCCGCGAGGCCCAUCACCCCUUCCUGAGCGGGCCGGGCAGUUGCGUGGGCAAGAACGUGGCCAUGGUGGAGAUGCUCAUCGUCAUCGCCCGGACGGUCUACCGUUUUGACAUCCGGCGGGCGCCGGGUUCGACCGUCGGAGGGGGUAGUCCCGGCCAGGGCUACGGGCCGGAUGAUCCGGCGGAGGAUCCUAGCCAGUUUCAGCUCUAUGAUGCGUACAUCUCGCUGAGGAAGGGACCGGUGGUGCAAUUCCGGACGAGAAGGGUGUAAGGAGGUGAAGGUGAAGUGACGCUCAGUGGCGUGAGAGACGCUUUUCCGAAGAAACGGAUCCCUUGAAUGUGGAACUUAAGGACGAGUAGUAUAUGUUGGUAUGUACUAUGAUCUAGGCAAUUGUUUCAUUGCCUAGCCUCCCUAUCACUCCUAUUGAGUUUGGAUACCGUAUACCUGGCAGCAAAAAGUCAGUCAACAGCGAAUGGCACCAUACCUCAAGCUUUCUUGAACCUACUUCAAACAUGAGGUCCCCCUAGGACAACCGCGCCGUUUAGAAGGGGCUUCCAGGUGUAUCGCCCGACAUUUCUUAAGUUCAC